AUGGAUAGCCCUACCAUCGGAGUCUUCCCGGCUGCAGGAGGUAUUGGCGGAGGCACCGUCAAGCAUCUCUUGCCACGGUUUCCAUCCAAGAAGCUUGUGUUUAUCGCUCGGAGUCCCGAAAAACUCAGGAACUUACCUGUAGACCAAGCCGUUCUACGGCGAGCUGACUACGACGACAACGAGAGCUUGAAGGUUGCCUUCGAGGGGCUGAAUGUACUCUUCCUAAUUUCCUACGCGUCCGUGGAACAUGAGUAUCGCACUGAGAGACACCGCGCUGCCAUCGACCAUGCGAUUCGCAGCGGUGUGACACAUAUCUUCUACGGGUCACUAGGCUACGGCGGGAACCCAGAAGGCGAUAAGUCGGUGGCACACGUCAUGCAGGCACACUUGGACACCGAGAGAUACCUCCAAAAAUGCACGCGGCAACAUGUGGGAUUCUCCUACACGGUCAUUCGCGAAGGUCUCUACUCCGAGUCGUACCCACUCUAUACCGCUUUCUUUGAUCCGAAGCAGCCUGUCGACGAGAUUAAGAUAACCCACGAUGGUGCGGGCCCGGGGAUCGCGUGGGUGAAGCGUGAGGAGCUCGGAGAAGGUACCGCAGAGCUCAUUAAGAGAUUCGUGCAGGACCCGGACGGGUUUCCCUAUCGCAAUCGCAAAGUGCUCUUGUCCGGCCCGCGAACCCUGACCCUCGGGGAAACGGUGUCCAUUCUGGCCAAGCUUGCCAAACAUACUGUGCGCAUCCGCCAGGUCUCCGUGGAGGAAUUCGCCAGUCAACCUCAAGUUUCUUCUAACUUUACCUACCAUGGCGUUGAUCAUUCCGCGUUGUGGACCACCACCUUUGAGGCCUUUCGCCGAGGAGAAGGCGCUUUUGUGUCCCCAUUGCUAGGAGAGCUCCUGGGUCGCGAGCCGGAAGACUUUGAGACAACCGUGUCCCAGUAUUGA